GCAGAACAUAAAACUGAAAGCAAAAACGCAUUUCAAUGGAUCCAAUCGAUAUUUUUCCAAUCUCGAAUAAACAAACCACCAACUUUUCUUCAUUAAUCUUCGGAGGUUAAUUACAUAUUCAUUUUCCUCCUUUCCUGUCCACAAUCAAAGAGUUAUGGAUACGCCUCUUUUUGGUAUACCUAAUCCUAGUGAAUUUUUGAAGUUAAAAUCAGGACAUGAGCCCGGUUAAAAACUCCAGUCUAACCCAACCCAAAUCGAAUCGAAUAGUAAUUCACAUGGAUCUAGGAAAGGCCUGCUAUAUUUGUGCACAAGCUAAAGUUUGAAAAACGAAUAUUUUUUGUAAGUUUCAUUGUAAACAAUGCCAAAUCGGCUUUUUAUUUUUCUUCGUAUACCUUACCUAGCAAAGCAGAAAACAAGUAGUCUUCUCUUUCCGUAUUCAAUCAAUAUAAACUCCUCCGCUUGGAUUCUAAUAAAAAAACGAUAUCAACACCAAUAUAUUCUAAAUCCUGAGAUGGAAAUUCCUAGACAUUCUCCUCCAUCUAACUAUUUGCUCUGUUCUAAAUCACCUAAAUCACUAAGAAAAAGAGACAAAAAGACCUCUUGAUUCUAUUUCUUUUAGAAUAUUCAUUCUAUAUAAAUAGAACCAAAAUGGAUUUCAAUUUAUAAUAAUAAUAAAUAGAAUUAUCAAUUCUUUCUAAAAAAAAUAAGAAUUCUAUUUAGAAUUCCUUUUCUUUAGAAAGAAUCCUAGAUGAGGUGAAACCAAGAGAGUUUUAUUUGUAUAAGAGCAAUAUAUAUUUAUAUAUUUAUACUAAUACUAACUAUAUUGAAAAAAAAAUCGAAAUAAGUGUAAUGGAAAUGGGAUUCCAGUCGAUCAAUCUUGAAACGAGACAUGUCCCACAGUAAACAAACGAAACUAGAGAGUUCGAUCAAAAUGAAUUUUUGUUUUGACUAAACAAUUAUGGAUAACUUGACAAUUUCAAUUUGAAUCGACUACUUCGGUAUAUUUUCCACAUUCAUAGGAGUGCAUCUAUGUUUCUGCUUUACGAAUAUGAUAUUUUUUGGGCAUUUCUAAUAAUAUCAAGUAUUAUUCCUAUCUUGGCAUUUUUCAUUUCCGGAGUUUUAGCUCCGAUUAGCAAAGGACCAGAGAAACUUUCUAGUUAUGAAUCGGGUAUAGAACCAAUGGGCGACGCUUGGUUACAAUUUAGAAUCCGUUAUUAUAUGUUUGCGUUAGUUUUUGUUGUUUUUGAUGUUGAAACGGUUUUUCUUUAUCCAUGGGCAAUGAGUUUCGAUGUAUUGGGUGUAUCCGUAUUUAUAGAAGCUUUAAUUUUUGUGCUUAUCUUAAUUGUUGGUUCAAUUUAUGCAUGGCGAAAGGGGGCAUUGGAAUGGUCUUAGCUCCUGAAUAUUCAGACAAUAAAAAGAAAAAAAAUACGAUUGAGAUGGUUAUGAAUUCUAUUGACUUUCCCUUACUUGAUCGAACAACCCCAAAUUCUGUUAUUUCAACUACAUCCAAUGAUCUUUCAAAUUGGUCAAGACUCUCUAGUUUAUGGCCGCUUCUCUAUGGUACCAGUUGUUGCUUCAUUGAAUUUGCUUCACUAAUAGGCUCACGAUUCGACUUUGAUCGUUACGGACUGGUACCAAGAUCGAGUCCUAGACAAGCGGACCUGAUUUUAACAGCCGGAACAGUAACAAUGAAAAUGGCUCCUUCUUUAGUGAGAUUAUAUGAGCAAAUGCCGGAACCAAAAUAUGUUAUUGCUAUGGGAGCAUGUACAAUUACAGGGGGAAUGUUCAGUACCGAUUCUUAUAGUACUGUUCGUGGAGUCGAUAAGCUAAUUCCUGUGGAUGUCUAUUUACCGGGCUGUCCACCAAAACCGGAAGCAGUUAUAGAUGCUAUAACAAAACUUCGUAAGAAAAUAUCUCAAGAAAUCUAUGAAGAUAGAAUUAGGUCUCACCAGGAGAAUCGGUCACCAGGCGGGCUGUUAGCUAGUGUGUAUCAUCUUACGAGAAUAGAGUAUGGUGUGGAUCAACCGGAAGAGGUAUGCAUAAAAGUAUUUGCCCCAAGGAGGAAUCCUAGAAUUCCGUCUGUUUUCUGGGUUUGGAAAAGUGUGGAUUUUCAAGAACGGGAAUCUUAUGAUAUGUUGGGAAUCUCUUAUGAUAAUCAUCCACGCUUGAAACGUAUCUUAAUGCCGGAAAGUUGGAUAGGGUGGCCCUUACGUAAGGAUUAUAUUUCCCCCAAUUUUUAUGAAAUACAAGAUGCUCAUUGAAUGAUACGGAACUAAUCUUCACUUAUACAAUUCUAGAUAUUCAAGGAUUGUACCUUUUCUUUUGUUCUAGAUCAAACAGAGUAAUUGAAGUCUCAUUUGUAUUAGGGAUGGGCUAACAAAAAUAAAAUAAAAGACAAUAAAAUUAGGGAUUCAUUGGGAUUCUCAAAUUUGGAAGAUACUUAUUUCGGGUGAGCCGAGCCAAUAGGAUGAACCAAACGAGUUCUGCAUCAUGAACUUUG